GCUGCCAUUUUAUUCCGUCGUCGGGAAUACGGUCCAAGUUCGGAAUAAGAGAACGAAAAGACUGUUAAUCGGCCUGUCGGGAAGUUAUCUCGAAAUUCUUAUCCUCGAAGUUUGUUCUUUCUCUAUCUGAAUUUUAUACAAUAAAUUCAUCAGUAUUGGAGCCGAGAGAUAGUUGAGCUAAAUAUUUACACCUCUUUCCAUCUUUUCUCUCUGUUCAAUAUUUAAAAACUCUAUAAACCUAUUUCAUUUUUAAGUGCCACUUUAAGUUUUACACUCGAAAGUGCAACACCUUUGUAGUGCAGUUACAAAAAACAAACCUGUCUCGAAGCCCUCGAAGGACUUGUUCUAACCUAAAAGAAGGUCGCAUAAUUUCUGCAUACAGCGAACGCGACAGCAUGGCCAAAGAGCGUGGCGUCAUGCAGAUCCUUUGGAAGACUUUCUUGUCCGCGAUGAAGCCUCGCUUCGCCCGUCGCAAGCUGAUGGGCGAGGAUUACUACGGCACGAGGUACUACGAGGAGGAGAUUCGCUAUUCCGCCCGGAAAAGGCCGCCGCGGUACUUCGUGCCGGUCAACAAGGACGACUUCGAGCAGGAGCUGCCCGCGGAAUGGGAGGCCUGGCUGAGAUACCGUAGGAAAGAGCCGCCCACGCGCGAGGAGGUAGAGGCGAAUUACCAAGUGGCACAGGCCAAGAAGGAGAACGCGGCGAAACUUACGGCGGGGAGCCGCUCCGAGAGCGGAGACGCCAAAAGUCUCCCCGCGCCCUCCGCCUCGCAGACCACUUCGGGAAAUUUUCCGAUCUACGAAGAUUACAAGGAAUUUGGCAGCGGCUACAAACCGAAGGACUCGUAUAAAUAGAUAAAAUGGAGACGUAGUAUGUCUCACAUAAAAAAAAAACGUAUUCCUAGUGGAAAGUUUACAAUUACUUUCUAUUUAUGCAAUAAAGUAUUUGACAGAAUUCCUGGAGGAAUAAUUGAAAAAAAAA